CAACACUGUAAAGCCCCAAUCACAAUUUUUGUCAAAUAAAUCGUAUUACAUUUAAUUAUUCACAGUCAUGCAGGAGGAGAAUGACGUGGAAUUUCAACGUGGUUUGCUGACCCGUAAAAUGGAAGCUGGAGAGGAUGUUGUCAUACAAACGGACAAAGCAGCUGUGCUCCGCAAUGUGAUUUUACCCAAAGCUCAAUAUCAUUUUGUUGUAUUGCCCAAGGAGGACAUUGCAAAUGUGACAGCAUUAACCCGUGAUCACUUGCAGCUUUUGGAUCAUAUGAUGGAGCUGGCGAAUCAGACGAUUGAGCAGCAAAAGCAUUUACCCUCUAGUAAAUUUCUGGUUGGGUUUAAGAUGGAAUCAUUCAUGAAUCGUCUUAACAUGCAUGUGAUAUCGAAUGAUUUCUGUUCGGAUACCAUGCGUCGUAUUCAGCAUUGGAACACAUUUAAUACGGAUCUGUUCAUCACAUAUCAAGCGGUGUACGCGCUGUUGAAAGUCAAGGGAUCCAUUGAACCCCUUUCGCCAGAUACGGCAGAGAAAUUACUUACGACAAGGCCCUUUCAUUGCAACCAAUGCAGAUUUAUAACUGGAAAUUUUAACAAGUUUAAAGAGCACUUGCAAAUUCAUUGGCAGAGACAAGAAAAUGAACGUAUCAACAAAAUGAAUAUGUUACAGUUAAAGCAAUCAUUUGGCAACAUGAACAUCAAUGGCAAUUUCAAAAAUGAUGGUUCUCGUCAAAAUGUGGGACAUCGAUCUGAGAAUCAUAUUGUUGAAAACAAACAACAAUUUAAUUCGAAACAAGAGCGACAAGAACUUCAUGUUACUUCUCCAGUUGGUACAAAUUUGACUAAUCCAAGGCCCUACAAGAAAUGGUAUAACAAGAAAAAACAGAACUCUCAGAUGCCGGAGGUAAAGCCAACAACUGAAAGUGCUAAAAAAAUCUAACGAUAAUUGAAACAUUUAUUAUUUAUGUAAUUCGUGUCCAAGAUAUUUACAAUGACCAUCAACUGAUUGGCUAAACCCAAAUCACUAACUUAUAUAAUAUAUAAUACUCUGUGAUUAAAAAUUGUAUACAUGUUUUUUAAAACAUGUCUUUUAAAUAAAUGUAAAUUUUCAAUUUUAUUUUGAAUUCUAAGUUAUUCUUCUCUUGACUGAUUUGCAAUUCACACGCUGUAGGUUUGCAGCCUAAAUAAAAAUGGAAUAAAAUCACAAAAGGAAAUACACUUAUUACAAUAUUAACUCUU